CCCAACAAUGCUCCGGAAAUCUCAAUCAGGAACCCGCGGGGGCUGUCAGAUGAGCAAAUUCAAAAGAUUUCCCAGACCCUCAGAAGUGUUGCUGAAGCCAGGCUGGGGACAGAGAUGCUCUAUGAACUGAUUGAGAAGGGGAAGGAGAUUCUCACUGACAAUAACAUUCCUCAUGGCCAGUGUGUGAUCUGUCUCUAUGGAUUCCAGGAGAAAGAAGCCUUCACAAAGACCCAGUGCUACCACUACUUCCACUCUCACUGCCUGGCCCGCUACGCCCAGCACAUGGAGGAGGAGAUCCUCAUGCAACAGGAGGAGAGAGAGCAGCACUUGGCACCAUCCCCCAAACAGGAAGUCGGUGUGCAGUGCCCUGUCUGCCGAGAGACCCUGGUUUACGAUCUCUGUGCUCUGAAGGCAGCACCACCCCCGCAGCACCCGCUGGAGCCGUACAGGCCAGAUAUCAAGACGCUGGAGCAUCAGGAAGAACUGCGCCUAAUUUUCAAGAGACAGCAAGAGAAAGGGGGCAUCAUUGACCCUGAGGCAGAGAGGAACCGUUACUUCAUCAGCCUCCAGGCGCCUCCCACUGCUGUUGAUCCAGGUCAAGCGGCUGCUGUCUCUGAGCUGCCGGUGAGUGCAAGCCAAGCCUCGGCUCCAGAGCCAGCCGGGGCGCUGGAGGCCAGGGCAGAAACCAGGCGGCCUGAGAGGCCUGCUGUGCCCAGAGACCAACAGAGCAAGAGGGACAGGCACAGAGGGGAGAGGCCAGGCCCCAGAGGCCAGGGCAGGCAGUCAUGCGGUGGCUUGCAGGAACCGGCAGAGGAAGCCCGUCAUCCACUCCAUGGCUCCAGGGGCUUCAGCCGGAGACCAGAGUGGAGACCUGGUGGGAGGCACAACCAAGAGUUUCCAAAGCCUCACAGCAGAAGUAAGGCUGCUGCCUUGGCUGAAAGGAAGGAGUUGUGCCCUGAAGACCCCUCACCAGUAACAGAAGCAGUGGACUUGAAAGAAGAGCACUGUGAUGUGGAGAGAUGGGUGCCCGAGGAGGGAGCUGAGGCCCGGGGCAGGGAGAAGGAGAACCUCAUGUUCAACCGCAGUGACCACAGAGCAGCUCCCAGCUGGCAGGGCCACCACAGGCCCUGGGAUUGUGGGAGGUGGGAGAGGCCCAGAGUCCAGGAGCGUGGUUCCUACCCCAGAGCACCGAGAGGGCGAGGGGUGUUCAGGCCCAGUGGACAACGAGAAGCCCAUCUCCUUGAGAAGGAGAGUGGCUCCUAG